AUGACUCCUCCAAGGGCGCAGGUGCGCUCGCCCCCCAAGCUGGACCAGUAUGAGCUGCUGUACAACAGCGCAGUGCAGAGCUUUGUCCGGCGCGACCACGUCAAGACGCAGGCGACGCUUGCGCGGCUGCUCGACCUGACCCGGGCACUCCCCCGGACAUCUUCGCCAUGGUACGACGUCUCGUCGACCGCGGCGCCGCAGCCCGGCGACGAGUGGAUGACCAAGACGCUCAAACUGGCCAUUAGCGCGAAUGCGUCGCUGUAUUCUGACCCGCCGCGCGCACCCGGGGCACUGGCGCCGGACGUCGCGGACCGCCUCCCGCCGGCGUCUCCCCGGCAGAUGCUGGGCUACAUCCUCGACCUCUGCGUGAGCACGUACGGCUCGUCGCUCCUUCCGCCAGCGCUCGUUUCGACCUUCCUCCUGGCGAGUCUGAAGCUUCAGCCGCUGCAGGACUCGCUCGAGUUUGCGCACCAGCUAGUGGAGGACUGGCUCGCCAACCUACCCGACGAAUUCGUGCUCGCCAUCGCGGCCGACCCCCACCCUCCCCGCGGCACCUCGGGCGGGGCCGCGCGCAAAAAGCGCCUCGAGAACGCGCGCGAGGGGUACCUGAAGGUGGUGGAGAUCUUCAUCGGCGAAGUCCUCUCGCGCGAGGGCGAGUGGGAGAUGGCCCGCGGCAUGCUCGAGGGCGAGAUGGUGAUGGGCAGCAAGAAGAAGGAGGCCCUGUACCGGCACCUGCGGAACGUGCAGGCCAAACCCGUCUCGCAGGCUCCGUCGCCGGCAUCCAGCGGCCUGCUCCCGCCACAGGCCAUCCGGAGCACGGAGUCCGAGGCGAGCAGCGAGGCCACAGCCCGCCCGGCAGGACACCAGGCGCAGCACCACAGCGAGGCGAGCACGGUGCAGGCCUCAGAGGAGAGCGACAGCACUGUGCCUGCCGCCCCGCGCCCCGAGGUCGCCCGCCCCCAGCCGACGGGAUGGCUCACGGCCGUCCUCAGCCCGUAUCUCGUGGAGAAGAUCAACGCGGCCGGAGGGCUGCACGUCGUGCUCGGCCUGCCGGCCGCGGCUGUCGUGGUGGUGCUCCUGAUCCUGCGCCGCGUGCGCGCGCGCGCCGGCCGCCUGGCGACGAACGGAAACGACGUCCGCGAGAAGCUCAGACGGGUCCGGAAUACGGGCCUCCUCGCGUUCGUGCAGUGGGCGCUGAGGUGGUGGGCGGAGAAAUUGGCGGGCGUGUGGAAGCUGGGCACCACCAUCACGUAUAUGUGA